AUGCCUUUGAUCCUACUAUAUGUGAGUUUAAUUGUGUUGUUCUGUUCAUCCGCGUCGGUGCCUUUCUCGUCGAAUUCAUCGUCGCGACGUGGGUCUUAUAUAAUAACGGCGAUGACUUCUAACGAUCUCACCUCGAAUGUGUCUGUCCCAAAUUCCACAACGAGUAACGAACGCACUAGAAAAUUCGGAGCACGGACAAAUGCCCUAGAAACAAUUGCUGACGUUGAUCUUACGGGUAGGACAGUUCUGAUCACUGGGACAACGUCUGGUAUCGGAACCGAGACGGCCAGAGCGCUAGCUCUUAAAGGAGCGCAUGUCGUUAUGGCGAAUAGAAAUAUCGUACUGUCUGAAGCUCUGAAGAAUAGGAUACUUGUUGAGAAACCAGGUGCAAAAGUCGACAUGAUAAUGUGUGAUCUCAGUUCACUACAAUCAGUGCAAGCAGCAGCGAACGAGUACAAAAGCAAACAUUGGCCUCUGCAUGCGCUCAUCCUGAACGCGGGUGUUUUUUCUCCCACUCAAAAGAUGACCAUUGAUGGAUUGGAGAUGACAUUCGGCGUGAAUCACGUCGCUCAUCAGUACCUCGUCCGUGAACUCUUGCCUCUUCUAAGGCAAUCGAAUGCCAGAGUUGUUGUCGUCGCAUCGACUUCACAUUGCCAUACGGGGCUGAAGGCCGAAAUGUCUACAGAUGAGAAAUUGGCCAAGUUAUGCCCAAAGGAGAGCGUAGAGUAUGGAUGGAGGCUUUAUGCGUAUUCUAAACUAUGCAAUGUGUUGAUGGCUAUGAAAUUACAUCGAGAUGAGCAUAAGAAUGGAAUCUCAGUGUAUGUCCUUCAUCCGGGAACGAUGAUUGGGACAGAUAUCUCACGAAGUUACGGAUUUCUUGGGAAAUUCUGGAAUUUGAUAACAAAACCAUUCACGAAGUCACUCGAGCAGGGCGCGGCCACCACCGUCUACUGUGCUGCAUCGCCUGAGGUUCACGAGGUGAGCGGCAAAUAUUGGGAGUCAUGUUGGGACGACGAGAAGAACUUCGACGAACAACUAGCUAGAGAUGAAGAGCUACAAGAUGCUCUUUGGGAAAAAACCGACAAGCUACUGGAUAAAUUUGAAUCGGAUCGGCAACCGAUAAAGACAGUGACCGAAGCUGGGAAUUAA